AUCCACGUUACUAUUGCAGCAGCAUCCGACAGUUCUCGGGAAUCGCUGGUCCGUUCCUUUCUGCGAUGAAACCACUAUCACAGGUUUUCGUCGUGUGUUUCACUUUUCAGAAUUUAAUUACAAUUUCUGUACAAAGAACAAUUGUUCCGGAACAUUACGCUUUGUGGGUGGUUCCGUUCUUACAUAACCUGACGUACCAGGGAAGAGUGUCCGUCAAUUUCACCGUUCCGGACUUCACCGACCAGAUAACAUUGAAUGCGGAGAAUUUGAACAUCAACAGUUUCGUUAUGAGGGGUCUGGCGCAGAGAGAUAUGCCACAACCCGAGUUCAGUACUGGACAGAACCUUACGCAUUGGUUUAUAUCGGCAAAACAGGCAUUGAGAGGCCGCUACAACUUGGAUAUUUCAUUCACUGGACGUAUCACUGACAUCAGAUUUGGGAAAGGAUUCUAUUACAAUACUUACAUAGAUGACGAAAGUGAGGCCGAGUAUGUGGCCACCACGUCAAGGGCACGGGACAACUACAGAACGUUUCCGUGCUUCGAUGAACCGGCAUUGAGAUCACCAUUCACCGUCCACAUCGCCAGAUUCCUCAAUCAGUCUUCACAGUCAAAAUAUGCCGUUAGCAUCCACCUCCCUGCCUGAGAGUUCUUUGGACGGGAGAGUAUGGGACACGUAUCAUGAUACCCCGUACUUGUCAACACAUGAGAUUCACUUGAGUGUACACUCUCUAUCCCGAGUGAAUUCUGCUCGCCACGGUUACUCAGUCCUAGUUUCGGGUGACAGUGCUCCGCAGGCUGCUGUGGCUGCUGCUCUACUUCCUACCACAGCAGGACUUGCUCCAGAUGUGGCUACUGGAUCUGCCUCCUCCCCUGCCUCUGCCUAAGAUGGACAUUUUGGUCUUGCCGGACAUUACUUCUGGAACGUCUCUCUCUCCCGGAAUUGUCACUUGCAGUGAGGACCACGUUCUGUUAAUGGAGGGGAUUUCCAACCCGAGCAGUGAACAGCUGGUGGUGCACACAGUAGCAAAUACUGUCUCUUAUCAAUGGUUCAGUCUACACAUGAUACCCGAGGGUUGGCUGAGAGACGGCGUAGCUACUUACCUACAAUAUAAGCUUGCAUCUCAGUUGAAGCCUUCUUGGCGUUUCGAUGAGUUGUUCACUUUGGACAUCUUACAUGAAAUAUUCGUUGAAGAAUUGGAUGUGCCAAACUCAGUUGAAAAUGUAUCACCGUUGCUCUACAAAAAAGUUGCCGUGACUCUCAGAAUGGUAGAGAGCUUUGCAACAGAAGAUGUGGUAAGAAGAAGUUUGCGGCGAUUCAUCGAUAGAAGAGGUUUCUUGAACGCCGACCAACUUUUCAAUAUUCUCAGCAACCAUUCAGCAGAUCUGUUCACUUCCAACCUAUUAAAGCCAGGUUUCUUUCGAGCUUGGAUCUUCCAGCCUGGCUAUCCCGUACUUACUGUCAAUGCCACAAAUUCUUCCCUGUCCGUCAGUCAGAGAGAUGUUCUGCAAAACGGCACUCUAUGGCCUUUGUUGCUGACAUUCACCACCCGAGCCCUGGCCAAGAAUAGAAAUGUGUACCAAUAUUGGCUUCUCCCCACUGAUACCGAACUUAUCCUGCCUUUCAACGUCUCCGAUGGAUGGGUACUCUUCAAUAUCAAUCAGACAAGCAGAUACAGAGUGAACUACAACACCAGAAACUGGGAGCUGUUGACGGAUCAGCUGAUUAGAAACUAUUCACUGAUACCAGCUCUAUCUAGGAGCCAGUUGAUAGAUGAUGUAUUUCAACUGGCACGGGCCGAGAUGGUGAACUUUACAAUAGCCUUUGCUCUCACUCGCUACCUGAAACAUGAGCGGGAUUAUCUCUCCUGGCUGACUGCGUCUAAGAACUUUGAUCAACUUAUACAACUUUUCUAUGGCACUCCAUUAGCUUCUGAUUUAGAGAAACACGUGAUAUCGCUCUAUUGGCCAUACUACAAUGCGACACAUCGCAUGUUCUCUGUGUCCGAGUCACAUAUGGCUCGCCUCACGCGUCAGGACGUGUUGUACUGGGCAUGCCACUGGCAACUGGAAUCCUGCAUCAACUUCACUUCCAUUCUGUUCAAACAGUGGCAGAGUGUGUCUCUAGGAUUUCCUGCAGAGUACAAACCAGCUGCACUGUGUGCAGGAGUCAGGCAGUUUCCGCAAGUGUUCUAUAAUGUGUUCGACUCAUUCACACAAUCACUUGUGAAAUCUGACAGAAGUGUCUUCCUCUCGGCUUUGGCUUGCACUAGAAACUCCUCCCAUCUUCAUUAUCUCAUGAAAACAGUGUUUAUAGACAAGAAUCAGAUGAUGAUUGGGCACUACGAAAAAUUACAUCUGGUGAAGCAGAUAUUAGCAAGACCUGAGAAUGUUAAGCCUGUUGUUCUCUUUUUGGUGCAGAAUUAUGACACGGCUCUAUCCAUGCUUGGGAAUGACAUCAUGAAAACAAUCUGGUUCAGUAUCGGCCAAAGUACACGUCUUGCUUCUGACUUACAAUUGCUACAGACCAUAGCUCAGAAUGUGUCCCUCACCUCUAGUCUGCAAGAAGCUAUUAACUCCACCAUUGCCACGGCAGAGAGUGCCAGGCGACAGGCCCAGAGGUUGGCACCCCUGGUAGCAGCAGCUCUGCAUCUCAUCUCUCCCCCCUCCACUUCCUCCCGCUCUGCCCUAAUGCCACAGUUCUCCGGCACAUUGACACUGUUAUCUUUACUGUUCAUUAAAUUUACAUUUUAAAUAAGCAGUUGCAUUAACUAAAGAAGUUAACUGUUGGUUCUUUGA